AGUGCGAGCGUAGCUGAGGUUAGGUUGUACGUUAAAGCCCUUUGCUGGAGUAGUAAAGGUUAGUUUUUACGAUAAAGCAAAUGAUAAUAUAAUAACUUUCCGUGUCGAUAUAUCCCAGCUGAGGUUUAUGGAGUAUCAGAAGUCGACGUGUCUCUGAAUCGUCCAACAGGUAAAGUAAUACAGAAUGCCUUUACUCGGAAAAAUAGUGGUGAUUAAGAGGAGCGGAGGAGAUGGAACUGAAUUUCCCCUCACGGCAACAUGCUUGUUUGGAAGGAAAGUUGAUUGCGAUAUUCGUAUUCAGCUUCCCCAAGUCUCCAAGGAGCACUGCAGAAUUGAUCUGAAUGAAAAUAAAGAGCUCAUCCUAACUAAUCUAAGCUCAGUCAAUCCGACCCGUGUCAAUGGAGAGGUGUUGCAGCAGUCUGAGCGUUUGAAACAUGGAGAUGUGAUCACUAUUAUUGACCGCUCUUUCAGGUUUGAGUACCCACCGGCACCGACACCGAAGAAGAGGAGGUCCUCCACAGCAGGCAAAACUGAAACACUCCAAGUUCUGCAAGAUCAGCAAGUGAGGGGCCCUGCUGGUAGUGACGCAAGUGAAAAGAUAAUAUCUGAAGCUUCUACAGACCCCCAUCUGAAAGAUGGAACCAACAGUGACAACAUCCAGCAGCCCCUGGAGAAAAGUAUUGAGGUGGGAGCCAAGGAGGAUGGAAGCCAGACUGGCUCCCCCUUCAGCGAGCUGUAUCAAAUGAUAAAGCAAACUCUGGAUGGCAAGACUCCACGGAAAUCUUCUGUCAGUCAGCCUCAAACGCCUGGCUCAAGGUUUUACACUCUGAAACAUGGCUCAGCAAGGAAAGUUGACGUAAACCCUGUUGAGUCCAAAGAAGUCAAAAACACACCUAAAAAGGAAGGGGCUACAGGCUCUUCUGGAACCACUGCAGGUGAGGCCAGUUCUGAAAUUGAAAAUAAAAGUGUGGGGACUCCAAAGUCGGCAAAGAAGCAGAGGAAGUCUUUCAAAGUUCCUACUUCUCAGACUGAACUUCUAGAUGAGAGCAAACAAGCUGAACAGGCUGCCAAAUCCACAGCAACUCCAUCACCCCAGCGGAGGCUCCAUGCAACCCCACAGAGGUUUACUGUGAAUGAGGUGGUUGAGCAGAUUUCUGCAGGAAAGCCUAAAACCCCCACAAGAAGAAGGAGCAAGGAGACCAUACCAGUUACACCUUCAGUCAAUAAGGAAGAAGAGCAAGCCAAGGUGACAGAGCUGCAGCAAAAUACUCCCAAAACAGAGCCUUUCCUAAGGACAUCACCAAGGAGCACAGAGAGGAAACUUGCAGCCCAGGAUGUGCUCCGUGAACUGGAUGAUGCUGGAAAUGAGAAAGGAGCAAAGGCGAAAAAACGCAAAAGUGGGGAAACUGGGGCACCACAAAUGAAGAAGAAACGUGUUUCAUUUGGAAGUCACCUGAGUCCAGAGUUGUUUGACAGACGACUGCCUCCUGACUCUCCAUUACGCAAAGGGGCCACUCCACGACGAAGCUUGUGUCUCUCCAAACCGAAACACUCGCUUCUCAGGCGAACAUCUGUCAUUGGCUUGAUAAAGGAAUUUGAACAUGAGCAUCCAGCCCCUGCCAGUCCACAGACAGAAAGGCCAGCAAAAACAAAGACACCAUCACCUAAGAAGUCAUCAGCAGCUAGGAGCCCUUCUCCCAAGACCCCAUCACCUGGAACGAAAUCCCCAAAAGCCAGGAGCCCUUCUCCUAGGACUCCAUCACCUGGAAAGAAGUCGCCAAAAACUAAGACCCCUUCUCCCAAGGCUCCAUCACCUGGAACAAAGUCGCCAAAAGCCAGGACUCCUCUCAAGAAUGCAGCAUUGUCUACCACUGCAACUGACUCCAAGACUCCAUCUCCCGCCAGAGGAAGAUCUGCAUCUAGAGAUAAAUCAAAUACUCCCAAGGCUGAGAAAUCACCUAAAUCUCAAGGCAAGUCUGCAACCCCAGCAACUCCAACUGGCAAAAGAAGGUCAUCUCCAGUGGUGUCCAGUCCCACCCCCCAGGAAAACAUGCCCGCUGUUGGUGUAACCCCAGCCAAAUCCCCCUUGGCCAUAGAAAACCACACUCCCACUGUACAGGGUCGCUUCUCCGUCUCUCGCAUCAGCACUCCAUCACCAGUCACUGAUCAAGAUGCUGCUGCUGGCCCAGUGCCUUCGGUUCCUGUCACACCUAAACUGCCACUGAGGAGGAAAAGCAUGAAGAGCACCUCACAGAGGCGUGUGAUGAAGAAUGCUGUGGAGGUCAUGCGCAGGAGAAGUGGUAUUUCACGGGCAUCUUUAAAUGCCAAGAAUUCCUGGGCAAACGUUGUGAAAUUUGGACAAAUCAAGUCUCAGGUGGUUGCCCCAGCUAAGAAGACUGUGGCGAUAAAGAAGACAAAGAAGGUUACAGUGCCAAAACCCAAGACCCCUGCAAGAAAACUCAAGGACCAUGUUAGCACUGGACACGCAGAUUCACCAGUUACCAUUGUUGUGGGCAAAGCUUACAAACAAACGGUUGUACUGCCUACUGGUGCUGCCCCAAGGCUGAUGCACAAUACUGCACUCUUCAAGAAGGACAUGAAAAUGGAUGAGGAUUUGACUGGAAUUUCUGAAAUAUUUAAAACCCCUGUGAAUGCAAGGCAGAGGAAAUCAGUCAUCAUUGACCAGAGUGUCACUAAGACCCCUCAGGGAGCUCUUGGUACAGCUAUAGUAGAGGCUUCAGUGUUGAACACACCAGAGGAGAUGGGCGAGAUGAUGGUGUCUCCCUUGAGUGUUGCAUCAGCAGUGAAAUGUGGAACGUACAACAGUGAGGCAGUCCACCGCCUCCUCCAGGACGAAGAAGAAUCUAGUUUUGUCAGUGAGAACCCAGCCUCGGAGAUUUCCACUGAUGGUUCCAAUGAACAGCAGUGCACAGAUAUGAUUACUUCGAUAACAACUCCCAAACAGAAGCCUGUACAGCCAGAGAGCCUCACUGGUGUUAAAAGGAUCAUGAAAACACCUAGACAGAAGACUGAGCCUGUUGAGGACCUCAGAGGGAAACUGCUGAAAACUCCCAAGCAGAAGCCUGAACAACAUGAGUGCCUCACUGGAGUCAAGAGAAUCAUGAAAACACCAAGACAGAAGGCUGAGCCUGUUGAGGACCUCAGAGGGAAGCUGCUGAAAACUCCCAAGCAGAAGCCUGAACAACAUGAGUGCCUCACUGGAGUCAAGAGAAUCAUGAAAACACCAAGACAGAAAGCUGAGCCUGUUGAGGACCUUAGAGGAAAACUUCUAAAGACUCCCAAAGCACCAAAAGUUUCUGACGUGAGCUUGGAUGGCAUCAAGGAACUUCUUGAGACACCUCAUCACAAUAAAGAACCUGCUGAAGACGUUGCUGAAGUGAUGGCCACAAAAACACCAAACGUGAAGAGCUCCCCAUUGGUUUGUGCCACUGGCAUCAAGAGAUUGAUGAGGACUCCCAAAGAAAAGAAUGCUGCUGUUGAAGACAUGGUGGGUGUUGCCAGGCUCAUGAAAACUCCCAAGGAAAAGGGCGAACCUGUUGAGGCGAACUUUGGAAUUAAGAGACUGAUGCGGUCACCAAAGCUAAGGGGAAAUGCUCCAGUGGAAGACUUUGAAGGACUUCAAGAGCUCAUGGAGGAGCCAUGCAGUGCACAAACAGAGACAAAUGAAGAAAUGGAAAUACUCAAUCAAGAUCAAGCACCUCUGCCCUGUGGGGUAGACACAGCAAAAGAAGCCCAGGUUCCCUGUGAAGAGCAGCAAAAGGAUGUACCUUGUGCUCAGAAUGAAAAUGAACCAAUGGACGACACUGUGGAUUUACCCCAAGCUGAUAUGGUAAAAGAAUCUGAGGUGAAUGAAAUUAUCUGUGGUGAUCAAAUGGAUGAAGAUAAACCAUCAGAUACCAUGGAAGCUGUCCCAAAAGCAGCUGUAGACCAGAGUUUUCCUGAAGAACCUGAAGUGAAGAAUGCAACUUGUGAAAUCGUUGAAAUGGAGACUGCUAGCAUUGGUCCUGUCACUCAGAAGAAAUCUGCUCGAGGCAGAAGGGCAAAAGGAGUAGGAUCUAAAGCAAUAGAUGACAAACAAGAUCCCCCAGUACACCUUGAAGAGGCCACUGUCCCUGUGCCAGUUAGAGGAAGAAGAGCAAAGACUACUGGAAGUGCCCCACCACCAGCUGCCAGACAAACUACAAGAAACAGAAAGGCACAGUCUAAUGAAGACAGUGGUGUUGAGCUCACAGCGGAAGUAAGUGACUGUCUGGAUCCCAAGGGGAAAUCUGCUCCUAAGCCUAGGAGAGGUAGAAAUGCCAGAAAAGCUUCUGAGGAUCAUGCUGAAAUGAUACCAGAAGUUGCUGUUGAGGCUGAGCAGGUGCCAGAGGUUGCUGUUGAGGCUGAGCGGGUUCCAGAGGUUGCUGUUGAGGCUGAGCAGGUGCCAGAGGUUGCUGUUGAGGCUGAGCAGGUGGCCCUGAAGCCCAAGAGAGGAAGAAAAGCAAAACAAGUAUCUGGUCAAUGUGAUCAGAAAGUGUCAAAGAAAACUGAGGUUGUGAGUGACCAGCCUCAACCUGAGGAACCCAUUCCCGUUGAGGCUCAAUCUGAGGAAGCAAUUCCCAUCAUCAGUGUGAAAAAACCAAGAGGAAGAAAGACUAAACAAGAUUCUGUUGAACAAAAUGAGGUGGUUGAAGAAAAUGCCAUUGCUGUGCAGACUAUGCAGCAGUCCAGAACCCCAGCUAGGGCUAGGAGAGGAAAAAAUGCUAAGCAUGAUGAAGAAAAGGUGGAAGUUGAUGUCCAGAUUUCCCACAUUGAAACUACUGAGUCCCAAGAGCCUAUUCAGAAAUCAAGGAGAACAAGAAAUACUAAGCAAAAUCCUGUUGAGCCAAAAGAAGUGAACAUGGUUGAAGAUCCUGUCGAAGAGAAAUUGGAAGCUCCCCCUGUAGCCUCUAAAGGAAGGAGAACAAGGAUGACAAAACAGGAUUCAUUGGAGUCUGAGGAGAGUCCUGUGGAAUCAGCAAGUCUGGCUGAAUCAGUGGAGCCUGCUGUGGAACCAGCUGAGAAACCCAGAAGAGGAGGGCGAAAAGCUAAACAAAAUGCUGAGCAUGUAACCCCUGUUGAAUCCACAGAAGUUCAAGACAAGCCAUCCGCCAAUCUCACAGAGAAACCCAAACGGGGUAAGAGAGCAAAACAAGAAAAAGUCACUGACGAGGUUGAGGUUAUUCCAGAAGUACCAGAACCAAAAGCUGAACAAAAGCAGGAGGUUGAGGAGAACAGGGAUGAUGCUGAUUCCUCUAGUACUUUGGCCAGUGAACAGCAAGAUGCCCCUGUCAUUAAACCUACCAGGGGAAGAGGGGUGAAAUCCGUGAAAAAUGAGGUUUUACAAGUCAUCCCAGCCAAGAGAGCUCGUCGAGGUGCAGUUCCAUCCCUGCAGGAGGCUGCAGUUACUGAAGCCACUGUUGUUUCAAAGCCAAGCUCUCGAGGAAGAGCAGGAAGGCUGAUCAAAGCUGAGAGCACUGAUGAGCCUGCUGAGGUUUCAGUAGAGCCUGCCAGAAAGGGAAGAAAGGCAGCAACAAAGCCAACAACAGAUAAUGCCGCAAAUGUUCCAAGCACUGAGGUGAUGGUGGAAGAAAAGGUUGCAAAUGCUGAACCUACUCUGAUUGAAGUCAAAAAAGGAGUGUCUAAAAGGGGAAAGGCAACAUCUACAGCACAUAGCGACCAAGCAAACAUCACUGAAGAUGUCAACAAUGCUGUGCCGGAAAACACAAUGCUGAAGAAAUCUGUUAACUGGAAAGCAGAUUUGGCAGUGACAUAUGAAAUUAAAACCCCAACAGCUGAUGCAAAGGCAGCUCGUGGAAGGAAGACAAAAAUUGGAGACCAAGACAAAGCUUCACAAGAGACCCCUACUAAAAGGAGCCGUCGCAAUCCAGAACCAACAGAGCCCUGUACUUCUGACAGUACUACUAAGCCUGAAAUCAAAAGGAGAGCUUCAAGGAAUGCAAGCAAAGCUGAAGAGGAGGAUCUCUCGGGUAAAGCUGAGCCUAUCAAGAAAACCAGGCGAGGGGGAAAGGCCACUGCCACAGCCUCUGUUGAGGCUCACACUCAAGGUGCUGAAGAAAUGGAGUCCACAAACAGGGCUCCUGCAAAGCGAAGAGUGAACGCCCCUAAGAAAGCUGUAGCAGAGGACAGUGCCCAGGCUACUGAGGCUGAGACACAACCCAAAACCCGAAGAGGAAGACCAGCAAAGAAAUAAUUUGACGAGUUAUCUUAAGUCAAAAGGUUUUUUUCCAUAAACGUUUUGUAUAAUGCUUAUUUUUAGAUUAUAUGGCAUUUUAGAAAUUGAUACUUUAGCCUGAAAAUCGACCAUUGCUUUUUUGGAUAUGUUUUAAAAUGGUUGUGGUUUUAUUUUUUGCAAAUAUUUUGUAAGUGAAAAAAUUUAUUAAAUUUUUUUUCAUAACAAGCU